CCACCCCGCCCCCCCAAAAAAAAAGGCCCCCUUCUCCUUCGUCCCCUUCUUUUCCAUUUUCUGUCUCUUUUUUGUCAUUGCUUAUCCUGGGAGAACCUCCAUUCAGGUUCCAAGUCGAACGUAUCUUCUCUUUUGCUUUCUCUGCUUGACAAAUUAUGGCUCGCUCAACUCCUUUUAUUCACAACAGCAACCGCUUUGCUUCCUCCUUCAUUUCCAUAUCUUCUCAUAAUCAUGCUCACUCCCUAUUUAUAAAUUCUCCGUUCUUUCUAUCUCUACCGUCCUCCUCCUCUUCUUCUGGACUAUCUCCGUUAUCAUCGUCAUCGCUGUUGUCAUGUUGCCAUGUCGCCCGCGUCCCGACCGAGGCAGAGCAGCUAUCGCCGUCGGCUACGGUUUCGAACUUCAAUCAUGAAAUUGCCAGGCUACAAUCUCUUUGCUCGAAGCUCACCAGCUGCAGCACUUUGAAGGAAAAGCUUAGAGUGAUCGAUCAUGAUUCUAGAGUGAGGCAAUUUUUUCGUUCCCGCCAAAACGCUAGCUUUUCCGGGGUCUUAGCUUCCCUCAAUUUGAGCUCCAAAGACUUGUUCUUGCUUAAAUGUUUAGUUGCGGCCGGUCAAGAGCACGUUCUUAGUCUGGGAUUUCAGCUGGGUGGAACUGAAAAGGAGUCAACUACGAGCUCGGUUAAGCGCGCACUCUAUGCUUUGGCGGGAAUGAUCGAAAACCUGGACGUCAAUGAUGGUAAUAGCAGUGCCGCCUUUGGAAAGAUGCCCGUGGCUCUCGAGGAUGAAGAUAUGCGUGACUUGAAGAAGUUAUUGGAGUAUUUAGGAGAAAUUGAGCGUUUCUAUCACUGCAUUGGAGGAAUUAUUGGAUAUCAAAUAAAGGUGCUGGAGCUUCUCGUCCAAAAAAUGUGUGAGAAGCAGAAUAUAGACUGGUCUCGGCACAUUAAUGAAAUAGGAGAAUGCCAGUUUUUGGAAAUUCACGCACCUAGAGGAACUGACCUUUCUGAAAAUACGGAAUAUGCAUCUCAAGCAGCCAUAUGGGGCAUAGAGGGAUUGCCAUACCUAGGAGAAAUUUAUCCUUUGGGAGGCUCUGCAGAUAGGCUUGGUUUAGUUGAUCCUGAUACAGGUGAAUCUCUUCCAGCAGCAAUGCUACCAUAUUGUGGAAGGACCUUGUUGGAAGGUCUUAUUAGAGAUCUUCAGGCUCGAGAAUUCUUGUACUUCAAGUUAUAUGGGAAACAAUGUAUCACACCUGUUGCAAUAAUGACAAGUUCAGCAAAGAACAACCAUGAGCACAUCAUGUCUCUCUGUGAAAAUCUUUCUUGGUUUGGAAGAGGUCGUUCAGCUUUCCAACUUUUUGAACAGCCUCUUGUUCCUGUUGUGGGUGCAGAAGAUGGGCAGUGGUUGCUCACCAAACCAUUCAGGCCUUUGAGCAAGCCCAGUGGUCAUGGUGUCAUCUGGAAACUUGCUUAUGAUAAAGGCAUCUUCAAAUGGUUUUAUCUCCAUGGAAGAAAAGGUGCUACUGUGCGACAAGUCAGCAAUGUUGUGGCAGCCACAGAUUUAACUCUCUUGGCCUUAGCCGGGAUUGGCUUACAGCAUAGGAAGAAACUGGGGUUUGCAUCAUGUAUGCGGAACGCAGGUGCUACAGAAGGAAUUAAUGUGUUGAUGGAGAAGAAAAACCUUGAUGGGAAUUGGGAAUAUGGUGUGUCCUGCAUUGAAUACACUGAAUUUGACAAGUUUGGAAUUGCUGAUGGAUCCCAUCAUCCUCAAAGCUUGCAGGCAGAUUUCCCAGCCAAUACGAACAUUUUAUAUGUGGAUUUACCUUCUGCUGAACAAGUCGGAUCAAGUAAUAAUGAAAAUAGUUUUCCUGGAAUGGUGCUCAAUACAAAAAAGAAAAUAGCAUAUGUAGACCAUUUUGGAAGACAGCACAGUGUAUCUGGUGGCAGACUAGAGUGCACAAUGCAAAAUAUAGCAGACAACUUUUACAACACGUAUUCAUCCAGGCAUUAUAAUGGUGUCGAAGAUAAGCUCGACACAUUUAUUGUAUAUAAUGAACGAAGAAGGGUCACAUCAUCUGCCAAAAAGAAAAGAAAAAAUGGAGACAAAUCUCUACACCAGACUCCUGAUGGCUCACUUUUAGAUAUCCUGCGAAAUGCCUCUGAUCUACUUUCCCGAUGUGAUAUAAAGCUUCCUGAGAUUGAAGCUAAUGAGAAGUAUGUUGAUUCAGGACCACCAUUUCUCAUUUUUCUGCACCCAGCUCUUGGUCCUCUUUGGGAGGUCACCAGACAAAAGUUUUAUGGUGGUUCCAUAUCUGAGGGCUCUGAAUUACAAAUAGAGGUUGCGGAGUUCUUGUGGAGGAAUGUUCAGCUUAAUGGAAGCAUGAACAUAAUAGCCGAAAAUGUCAUUGGUUCAAUCAAGGCUAAUAAGAGUGGUGAUUCCAUACUACAUUAUGGGCAGAGAUGUGGCAGGUGUAAAUUACAGAAUGUCAAGGUGUUCAACAAAGGAAUUGAUUGGACGUAUGGAGGUAACGUCUACUGGAAACAUGAUGUGCAGCGGUCUGAGACAUUGAAGAUAAUACUGCAUGGAAAUGCUGAAUUUGAAGCCACAGAUGUUGUCCUACAGGGAAAUCAUGUAUUUGAAGUUCCAGAUGGCUACAUACUAAAGAUCACUUCAGGAAGUAAAGGUCUCGCGACUCAGUUAGACCCUAUUGAAGAGAGUAUGAUGGACAGCGGAAGCUGGCAUUGGGAUUACAAGAUAGUGGGCACGCAUAUCCAGCUGGCAUUGGUAGAAUCAUAGGCUGCUGACGGGAUAAGAUACCACGUUAUGUGAAUCAUGGUUCACGGCGGGUAUGGAAGGGACGGGUUGAACAGAAAUUGAGCCUUUCCUCAGUUAUAGUCGAUUACAAUGUGAUAAUAGAGUAACGUAAUAGCGGCCCCUCUCUCUCUCUCUCUCUCUCUCUCUCUCUCUCUCUCUAUAUAUAUAUAUAUAUAUAUAUAUUGAUGCUAACAUUUUGUAACAGGUGGAGUUUGGGUAAUGAGAUAUAUAGAUAUAUUCAUUAAAGGGAUAAUUAAU